AUGCUCUCCUUACCCUCAUGCUCACACCCUCACAUGCUCUCACACCCUCAUGCUCUCACACCCUCAUGCUCUCGCACCCUCAUGCUCUCACACCUCAUGCUCUCACACACUCAUGCUCUCACACCUCAUGCUCCUCACCCUCAUGAUCUCACACCUCUCACCCUCAUGCUCUCACCCUCAUGCUCUCCUUGCCCUCAUGCUCUCACACCCUCAUGCUCUCACACCCUCAUGCUCUCACCCUCAUGCUCUCACACACUCAUGCUCUCACACACACUCAUGCUCACACCCUCAUGCUCUCACACCCUCUGUCUCACACCUCAUGCUCUCACACCUCUCACACCUCAUGCUCUCACCUCACACCUCAUGCUCUCACACCCUCAUGAUCUCACACCCUCAUGCUCUCGUACCCUCAUGAUCUCACACCCUCAUGCUCUCACACCCUCAUGCUCUCACACCCUCAUGCUCUCACACCCCUCAUGCUCUCACACCCCUCAUGCUCUCACACCUCAUGCUCUCACACCCUCAUGUUCUCACACACUCAUGCUCUCACACCCUCAUGCUCUCACACCCUCAUGA